AGGCUUUAUGUUCUACAACAGGCCUGCAGUCACAAUGUACAGUUAAAUGGACUUCAGCUGUAGUGAGAGGGCCACAAUUGCCACGAGAGGCCGGGAAGAGAGGGUCACAUAACAGCCAAAGACUUGGUUUGGGGUGUCAGGGUGUCCCAUCAGCAUAGAGAGGCUUGAUUGAAUUUGAAGUGUCCCCAGAUCACAGCACUGAGAGGGCGACUGGGAGUAUUGGAGUGAAGGGUGUGGCUUGUUUAUUUUGUGAACAAAAUAUAUUGGGGGAAAGUGAAGAGUUUAUGUAUGCUGUAGAUUGUGAGUGAUGCACAGUUUGAUUUUAAGUGACCAUAUUAAGUGUUGUGUUGGUGUAUACAUAUGAUUUUGCUGGUUUCUUACUUUACAGAGUGCCACAAACACAACGACAUACCGCAUGACCCAGUUGAAUAGCUUAACACAGCUCAGUAUAGCACAGUAAAGUAAUGCACUUCACCCAGUUAAACAUAAAGCACAAUAAAAUCCAAUGAAGAAAACAACACUGCCUAUAAUAUUAACAGCACAUUGUAAAUGUAUAUAAAAUCCACGUUACCAUACAGAAAAUACAUAUAUUAGACAAUCACGCACACACCUAGUUGACAACAGGGCUGAAUGUGAGAGGUUGAGGCAGGAGAAAAGAAGAGAUGCGGAGACUCCGGAGAAAAGGAGGGAACAAUGAGAAGGUGUUUGGCUGUCACCUGUUGGACCACCUGGCUACAAGCUGUCAGGAGAUUCCUCAGGUGCUGCGAAGCUGCAGUGAAUUCAUUGAGAAGCAUGGGGUUGUAGAUGGGAUCUACAGGCUAUCUGGGGUGUCAUCCAACACGCAGAAACUUCGGGGUGAGUUUGACAGUGAGGGAACCCCAGAUCUCAAUAAGGAUGUGUACCUGCAGGACAUUCACUGUGUCAGCUCUCUCUGCAAGGCCUACUUCAGAGAGUUGCCCAAUCCUCUCCUCACAUACCAGCUCUAUGACAAAUAUGCUGAAGCUGUGGCAAUUCAGCUGGAGGACGAGAGGCUGGUGAAGAUCAAGGACGUGCUGAAGGAAUUACCCGCUCCCCAUUACAGAACUCUAGAGUUCCUGAUGCGUCACCUUGUAAAGAUGGCUUCUUAUUCCUCACACACCAACAUGCAUGCCCGGAACCUCGCCAUUGUUUGGGCUCCAAACCUUCUCAGGUCAAAAGACAUUGAGGCGUCAGGGUUUAACGGUACUGCAGCCUUCAUGGAGGUGAGGGUCCAGUCCAUCGUAGUGGAAUUCAUCCUCACCCACGUGCCCCAGCUGUUUCCUGGUUCAGAGAAACGUUUAUUCCCAGCCAUUCCACUCCAGUUAGGCAACAUCAGCCCAGGGGACGGCCCCCCGGCCAUGCGCUCCUAUCACGCCAUCAUCGACGGCACAGACAAGAGGAAGGGAUCUCUCAAGAGCAGGAAGUGGAAGUCCAUCUUCAAUUUAGGAGGCAGACUCCAAGACCCGAGAGGAAGGAACAAGAACUCCACCAAAGAAAAAGAGAGAACUGUCUUAAGGCCAGCCAAGAGCAUGGAUUCCCUGAGCUCAAUGCCCUAUUCGCAUGAAGGUUCCAGACAACGAGCCCCUUCCACUGUCAUAUCCCCCCUGGCUCAGCCCUCUCCCUGUCCCCAAGGUGGUGCGGAUGGAGGGGCUUCCACUAAUGGUAGUGAUGUGGGCAGCGGGUAUGCUGUGACCUUCCGGAGGGGUCAGGGGGCUAGUGUGAGUGUAGUGAGCGGGGGCGGGGGAACCAAGGGCACAUACAGUCGACUGGGCAGUCACUGUAGUGGGGGCAACAGCACUGAUGCUCUGCAACCCCCAUCCAGAUCCCCAGGAAUCUCCAGCAAAGCGGACCGGCGGGCAGGGUUACACAUCUCCGGACCUUUCUCAGUCACCGUCCCCCUUCACAUCACAUCAGGCCUGGCCUUUGGGGUGCUGCAGGGAGGUGGUGCAGAAAGGCGAAACCAUAGCGGAGGAGAGGGGAGCCGAGAUAAGGGAGAGGGUGGGGAGGGUGUGAGACAGGAGGGAGGGGAAGGGGAAAGGCACAUUCGAGUGGCAGUUGUGGGGGAGGACGAGACUGAUGGAGUCAAGAGAAGAGAUCAAGAGGUAUCGGAGGAGAGAAGAGAUAUGGAUGAUAAAGUUGAAGGAAAAGAAGACAGAGGAAAGGAGGAGGAACUGAAUGGGGACUGUGUAUCUAAGCCAUUAGAGGAGAGGGGUGAAGAGGGUGAGGGUGGAGGAGAGGAUAAAGUAAACCAUGAAAACGAUGAAGAGGAGGAUGAAGAGGGAGAACACAUGGAAAUCAAAGGCUCUGUGCAGACUGCCCUGGAUGCCCGAAAUGGUGUCAGAAAUGAGGCAGUUGCCACAGAUGUGCCGUACCCUACGACAAUGGAGGAGGACGAUGCACAAGUCCAGGACUGUCCACUAGACUUUCAGGAUACUUUUGGAUUCCUGGACCUCAUGGACAGCAGUGCUUCCACCAAGAUGUUCCAGGCGUUCUCAGUAGAGCCUCAUCAUGCGGAAGAUGAGUAUGAGGACGAGCUGGAGCAGAGAUCCCCUGGAAUCUCAUAUGACAAACCAGACUCUGUCACACAGCCACCUGUAGACACACAGACACAAAUACAGACAGGCUGCCAAACAGAGACACACACACUGAGGCAGACACAAACUCCCACACACAGACCUCUAAGCUUUGAUCAAUAUGAACGAGCCAACAAGUCAAUGAGUCUACCGUACAUAUCCAGGCCCUUCCUGCCUGCUCGCUGCUCUUCCUCUGAAGAAGAGGACAAUGACGACGAAGAUGCUGAUUACAACAGAGAAGAUGAGGAGGACAAUGAUGACAUGUUCUGUAAAAGUCUACCAUCUAGUUUGGUGUUCAAUAGACUGACAUGGAGUGGGCCUCAGCCUGACAUGGAGAAUGGUUUGUCCCUCCCUGCUAAGCCCUCACAACAAUUGGACAAUGCUUCUGAUGACAGGUCCAUAGGAAUUGGUCUAUCACAGAGUUCUGAGGCCAGAAUGCCUCCUGAGCAGUUGGACAUUGAUUCCCCUGAUUGCUGUUACCCAUUAGAAGAGGUCUUGAGGCAUAGCAAGGCUGAAGAAGAGAAUAGACUGGAAGCGAUAGACCUGUUGGAGGAUACAAGGCAGGAUCCAGACAACCAGGAGAAAGACCAUGCAGACACACUGACGAAUACAUGCACAGAAAGCACUGUUGUCACUUGUCACUCGGUUGAAACGAGCAUGAUGAAGGAAGAGGAAACACCAGGUGACAUUGAGAGAGGCCUCGCUUCAGCAUCCUCUUCAACUGACUGUGAGGAGGCCUCACUGCAGACCACUGCAGAGGAAGAGGUCACUGGAGUUCACCUGCAGCUCAGAGACAAGGAGGACCUGAAGAGUCACUGUGGUGAAGGUGUGAUUUCAGAGGGUUACAAUGGCGAUACCGUGAGCGAAGCCGAGAAAGAAGAUUCACAAGAGCAUUUACUCUCUGCCUGUCGUAUAGUUUCCUGUGCUGAAGAGCCAAAGAACAUACUCAAUGAGCGAUCCGAGGUAGUUUCAGCUGGGGGCGCAAUGGAGCAGCCUGAAAAUAGUGCUGAGAGGGAUAGCGAGGGAAAGAAGGAAAAUGUAGAGGAAGAGAUGGAGGAAAGAGAAGAUAGAAAUAGGGGAGAAUUUAAUAAACAAGAAGGAGAGGUAACAAGAAUUGAGACUGAGGAGAGAGAGGUAUUAAAGGAGUUGGAAGAAACAGAAGGGGAGGACUUUGGGGCAAGCGAGCAAAAAGGAAUGAUUGAAGAAGAGGAAUGGAUAGCAGGUGAGGAAGGGGAAGUAGGAGAAGAAGACAUUUAUGAGAUAAUGAGCGUAUUAGCCAGGGAUGACAUGAUGGAAAGUGGAGAUAGGAAGGAUAGGGAAGGGGAGACUGAGGAACGUAAAGUUAUGGAGGAGGUGAUAGAAACCAAAGAGGGAGAGAGUAUCAGAGUACAGCAGAAAGUGAUAGAUAAGGAAGGAGAGAGGAGGGCAAGAGAAGAGACGAAGCGAGAGGUGGAAGGAGUGGAUACCAUGGGAGAGACUGAGGAAGAGGCAGCUGAAGAGGAAAUGAAAAAUAUGUUGAUUAAUAAUGAGGAGCAUAAACAGGACCUAGAGGCCCAGCAUGUUUUAGAGAGAAGAGAAAGAGCUAUAGAUGUAAUGAAGGAUGUUGUGGGAGAGGGAGAUGAGGAGGGAGAUAAAGAGAUGGAAGUGGGAGGUGUAAUCAGGGAUGAAGAAGGAGAUAGUAUACAUGUGGUCCAACAAGAGACAGAGGAACGUGAAUCAACAAGACCAAAUAAGGAGAACCAAGAGAGGGAGAAUGAAGAAGAGACAAAAGACCAACUACAGAUACCAACAAUAAUAGAGGAAAGCGAGGAAGAACUGAAAGAGGUCCAGAUUUACAUCAAAGAAUUGAAUGAAGGACAGAAGGAAGGGAGAGGUAGUAAAGUGGGGUCUGAAAAGGGGGUGGGGAGAGUGCUGGUCAGGUCUAAACAAAAAACACCCCCUAAAGUGUUUCAAGCAAGAUCAGUGCCAAUGGUACCACCCAAGCCACAUCACUGCCGAAUAACUGCACUGAACCUCAGACAAGAGCAGCAGAGGGAGAGGAGAGGCAGACCGAGCCAGGGGGAAGGGAAAGGUACACAGGGCUUUGGGACAGCAAGAUAAGGCCAGAGAGAGAAAGAUGGAAGGAAAGCCAGAGCAUGACAAAGUCUGCGAGACAGAACAACAGUGGAAUGAGAAAGGGGAAGAUGAGGGGAGAGGCUAAAGGGAGUAGCAGGCACAGUGGGGAGGGGAGAGGAGGAGAGAUGUGGAAGAGGGGGGAAUGAGAGACAUGAUGAAAAACAGUCAAAGAAGUAUGUGUUUUGAUGAAGCUGUUGAAAUGGAAAUCAAGAGAGGGAGCGAGGAAGAGGGCAGUGAGAGGGAGAAGCAGAAAGAUUGAGGAUAUGAAGUCCAAUAAAGAGAAAGAUGUGGACAAAGACGCCAGUAAAUGUUGUAGUCAUCGACUCUGUCUGGGCGGUUAGUAUACAACUGAUCAUUUAUAUACAAUAUAUAAAUACAUAAACAUUUAUUUUUAAUUUGUAUUAUACUCCCUGUAUAAUUCAGCCUGGGCCUAGAACCGGCCCACUCAAACUCAGGGCAACUCCGAAAACUGAUCCUUCGCACUCUCUCUCUCUCCCUCUGUAAAUGUCCCCCUUUUUGUUGCUGGUUUUAACCUAUUAAUGUAACUUACCAUUUUAACUGCUUGGUUUUAAUCAAUCAGCAAAGAGCUGUCAAUGUACACCAAGUAUGGAAAUCUCAGGUAUCACAUCUCAUGCAUAACCACAAUGGGUAUUGUUAAGAGUGAGCAAGCAAAUGGUGAGAAAGCAAAUGUAAUAACCUCUUAGGAGUUAAUGAGGGCAAUGUGUUGUCAUUUGUGUCAAUUCCAUAAAACAAUGAAUUUUCUGUUUUAUUUGUUUUUGUAAAUAAACUUCUUCUGCAA